AACAGGUUUCACUGUAAUAUCGCCAAUGCCAUCAGACCCUUUGCUCUGACCAUUGUUACGUCACAAUAGUUGAAUACCAUGGAUGUAAAUAGCCCGGAUACACCAACGUACAUACCACCGAAGCCAGCGGAGAGAAGUACCCUACCUCCACCUGAUAGCGAUCCAUGUUCGAGUUGUCCUCGCUUGCUUCCCGAAUGGGCUUUGGCUGUUCUCAUCGUUCUUCUCCUGGUCGUUGCCAUUUCAGUCGGCCUUAAUGUCAUGUUUGUCUACAAGAAACGGCGGUUACAGAGAGAUCUAGCCAUCAAAGCGCACUUGGAUAUGCAAAAGUCCUCAUAUACUCGUAAAUCAAACGGAAACGAUAUUGCACAAGAUAGAAAAGCAGUUAAACCACCGAUUCUUCGAACAAAAACCAUUGCUUUGAAGAAAAGCAGGAUCGAGAUUCCGCGGGAAAAUAUCGGGAUCAGCGUGAGUCUGCGAUCGAUCGGUGAUGGUCAGUUUGGUCACGUGUGGAAGGGAGAGACGCGAGGUCUGACGGUCAACGAUGGUCACGUGAUACCUGUAGCUGCAAGAGAACUACCAGCUUCUUUGACUGAUGACGACAUCUUGGACAAUCUUGUACCACUGUGGAGUCUGAAAACUCAUGAAAACGUUGUCCAGGUUUUUGGAUGCUGCCUAAAAACAGAACCGUCGUAUAUCCUAACGGAAUAUGUCCCCAAUGGCACUCUUUUCACCUAUCUUCGGACCAAUGGGGGCAUAGCUAGAACCUCUGUCUAUGCUAACAUAGACACUCUAGAAGCAGACCAUCAAAUCACAGUCAUGGAACAAAACCUGUUUGCAUUCGAUGUGGCAAAUGGUAUGGAAUAUCUGGCUAAUAAAAAGGUUAUACAUGGUAACUUAUGUGCUCACAACAUUCUACUCACUGGGGAAAAAAGGUGUAAAGUUGCUGACUUUGGAUUGACAACUCUGUCAAAUCUGGUGACUAAAGAUGGGAUAUAUGAGAUGUGGAUGUCCCCUGAGAGACUUUCAGACGGUCUUUGUUCAGCCGAGGAUGAUGUCUGGGCAUACGGAGUGUUGGUCUGGGAAAUAAUGACUUAUGGGAGACGACCUUACUCAGAGCUGGGAAAAGAAAAUUUACAGGAAAUGCUGAUUAGUGGUUACAGGUUAAUAGUACCACAAGGAUGUGAUCAAACUACGGCUAAUUUGAUGAAGAGUUGUUGGCAAGAGAAAGAGGGUGAAAGACCGACGUUUGAAAAGAUCAAGAAUCAAUUAGGUGAUAAAGUGGAAGAAGAAGCGGACUACUUCGCCCUCGGAAGUAACAUGGAUAGCUACUACGCAUGCGUAAACGUCAUCGACAGUUGAUGAUGCAUGUGUCUGAGAUGAAAUGAUAAUUGAUUCGAAUGAUAAUAGUCUGUAAAUAAAUAUAUAUUAUUAUACGUAUUAUUGUAUUGAGUAAAUAUGCCUAUAGCUGUAUUCUUUAACAACAUAAGUCAUUCUGAUAACGUAUUAACAUGAGGGCAUAUUUGUCUUCUUAAUGAGCUUUUUAAUCACAUAUAGCACUCUGUUACACUGUUUAAUGCUUAGGGGUGCAAAUCUACUCCUUUGGGAGUCAUGCAGAGUUGGCUUGGGUUCUAUCAUUUUGAAACAAGAAAAUCCACUCUCUAAACUUUCAUUAAAAACACUGAUAAUAUGAUAGUUUUGUGUUUAUUGUGAAUUGUGUUUAUCCUUCAGGCACGCAGACAGAAUAUGUUCGGAGGGCAUCAAACAGGAUGUCAAAUUGUUUUAUUAAAGGUAAUGACCAGUUUUGGAAAC